AUGCCGGCCGAGGAAGAAGAAGAGCGAGACAGACGGAGGAGAGACUUGCAGCCGAGGGCAACACCGGUCCCCAGACCUGCGUACUACCACGAUGACAUCUUCAGACGAGCUGCUCCUCCCGCUGCGCACAGCAAUGCGACCAACCACUCGGUCAGCCAUUUCAGUAAUACGAGCACCACCACAAUAGGUGGCACUACGACGAUUGUCACCAUGACAGUUCCCCCGGAGAUGCCGUCCUCACCCACAGCAACGUCUUAUCCCCUUCCCGGCGGGCCAAGUGGCGGUGAAACAAGUGCUCAGCCCGGGCCCGAACAGACCAGAAGCGCCGGUCAGCUCGCGGGACUCAUGGUCGGGGCAUUGCUUGGUGGGAUGGCCCUUGUGAGCGUGCUCAUCUGUCUGGGCUGCUUGGGCUGGCGCACCUCGAAGAAAAAGAAAAAGAAGAGGCUCGAAAAGAAGGGCAAAAACGAGAAUUUGGAGACAAGCUCACGGAUUCCAUGCGCCAAGCUGAAAUCUGCCGCGAAUAACGAAUCUUCAACGAACGAGUCGGCCCCGAUGAAGGCGUCCGAGACGCCACCGACCACUCGAAUAGGAAGAAAAGAGGAGAAGGCAAAGAGCAGCGUCAAGGCGGUCUCAUUCAAAGAUCCUUCUCUACCUGGCCUCUCGGCCACUUUCUCGGGUGUGGCAAAGGCAAAGAGGCCGGUGUGGAAGAGAUCUGCCUCUGUAGAUGCGACAAUUUCUCUACCGUCGUCCUCAGCUUGUCCCUCUCCACCACCGCUGCCAGCUUCGAUACUGGUGCAGCGGCUUCCCGAAGCACCGAGCAGCUCUCAACAUACCCAUCGGCGAGGUGUAUCUUCUCCCUCGCAACGGCUCGGCAGAGCAUUCACAACAUCAAAUUCUCCAAAAGCCAGCCUCGAUGCACCCUACAACGGGGCAGACGAUGCCACCACAGAUGGCGGCCACGGGAGCACUGGUGGAAGCACAGGUCAUGGUGUGGUGGGUGCACUUCAGGCCACUUUUCGCAAGGCUUCUGGUGGCAUUGUCCCUCCACUUCCUUCGUCGUCGUCAUCGUCGAGAUGGGAUACUUGUCCCGUGUUCGAAAGUAUCGUCUUGGCACCAACGUACAGACGGAAUGCUUCGGAGAUGGAGAGUCGAACGCGACCAGGUGAGGAAGCGGCGACAAUCGACGAGAAAAGCAUCGAAGAGAGCGAGGCCGUGAGAGGCGCUGCUGGCGUGCUAGCCAAGUUCGAAAGGGAGGAGGAGGAGCAAAAAAGGCGGGCUAAAAUGGAGAGCGAACUAGCAAUGAGGGAAAAAGAGGAAGCCGAGAGGGAAGAAAGAAGAAGGGAGCUGGAUGUGAGAAUGCUGACGCAGAGGUUAGAAGAGAUUGAGGCAUUCAAUAGCAUGACUGGGAGGGUUAGAGCGCCACUCCGACUGGUACAGGAAAGUCCUCGUGUGAGCUCAUCUGUCAGUCAGAGCCCGGUGACGCCCAAGACAUCAAUCAUCGACGGGGCGCAAGUGAAAGAAGAAGAUCCUCUGGCGUCCACAGUGCCAGGGCGCCCGCCUCGGUCCCCUCGAAGGCAGACAGGGAAAACUAGAAUGAGGGAGAGCCUCGUGCGGAGAUUUAGGAGCGUUCCCAGCUUCUCACUUGUGGAACGCAUCUUGGGCGAUUCUCCUUCUUCUACGGCUGCCGAAAAAGGUACAGAUGAGGAUAGCCAGGUUCCUUCGCUGCGGUCACCUGGGGAGGAAUUGCCGGCAGAGACAGGAGGUAGUGAAGACGGGGCGAACGAUGAUGGCAGAGAGGUUCAGGGCGGUGAAAGAGAGACGCAAGUGCCAGAUACUCUGAAUGAGUGUUGUGACACUGUCGAUGAGGACGACGAGGCGCCCAAACCCUUCAACGGUGGGCCCUUGACUAGGACGACGUCGAGCAGCCCAAUGAAGUUACAUCGAGAAGAAAAUAUCUGGAUGGGCUCGUCGUCCUCCAGACGCCUCAGCCGGGCAACGACAUCCUCGAACUCUGUGGGAGGAGUUGUGGCGCGACCAUUACUCCUUCCGGCUUCCUCGGAAGAAGAACGGAACAUAGAUGCUGCGCAAGGGAGCGCUCCACAGGAAAGGCAGGAUCAUCAGGUCAAUACCACCUUAAAGUCCGGAGGUGUCCUCGGAGCCCCCGAGCCCAUUUACAGUCUUGGGUUGGAGAACGAUAAUCGGAAGAGGAAAGAGAGUGCCAAGAGCCUAGAUGCCCCUACAGAUUCGCCGCCGCCGUCUCCAACACCAUCGAAACCAGCAGAGGUGUAG